CUCCACUCUGACUGCCAUCUUCUCUCGCCCGAGGUCUGCAUCCCGGUGCGCAACCACUCCAACAGGCACAGCAUGAGGUUCGGACAGCAGCUCAAGCAGUCGCUCAACAAGCAAUGGCUCUUCUACUAUAUCGACUAUGAGGGCCUCAAGGGCUCGCUGCGCGCCCACCGCGUGUGGGAUGACGCCACGGAGCAGGAAUUCAUCCGCCAGCUCGAGAAGGAGCUCGACAAGGUCUACACGUUCCAGCGCGUCAAGAGCGAGGAGAUUAUCCGCCGCAUCGCCGCCUCGGACAAGGAAGUGAACGACGCCGUGGUGCGCGCCCAGCAGCAGACGGAUGGCAGCGCCGACGCCUUCGACGACGACUUCGAGCUGCUCGAGGAGGACCUCAGCGACGUCAUCGCCGACGUGCACGACCUGGCCAAGUUCACGCAGCUCAACUACACGGGCUUCCAGAAGAUUAUCAAGAAGCACGACAAGAACACGAGCUGGGGGCUGAAGCCCGUCUUCGCCGCCCGCCUCAAGCACAAGCCCUUCUUCCAGGACAACUACGACUCGUACGUGGUCAAGCUGUCGCGCCUGUACGACAUUGUGCGCACCCGCGGCAACCCCGUCAAGGGCGACUCGUCGGCGGGCGGCAAGCAGCAGAACUUUGUGCGCCAGACGACAAAGUACUGGGUGCACCCCGACAACAUCGUCGAGCUGAAGCUCAUCGUGCUCAAGCACCUGCCCGUGCUGGUCUUCAACGCCAACAAGGAGUUCAACGAGGAGGACAGCGCCAUCACGUCCAUCUACUACGACAACACGGACACGUGGGAGCUGUACCAGGGCCGCCUGAAGAAGACCGAGGGCGCCGAGGCCAUCCGCCUGCGCUGGUACGGCGGCAUGUCCAGCGACACCAUCUUCAUCGAGCGCAAGACGCAUCGCGAGGACUGGACGGGCGAGGAGUCGGUCAAGGCGCGCUUCAAGCUCAAGGAGAAGAAUGUCAACGCCUUCAUGCGGGGUGAGCUGACGCCCGAGAAGGUGUUUGAGAAGGAGCGCCGCGAGCAGAAGAGGCCCGAGAAGGACAUUGCGUCCGACGAGCAGCUUGCCCGCGAGAUCCAGUACCGCGUCCUCACCCGCAGCCUCGUCCCCGUCACGCGCUCCUUCUACCACCGCACCGCCUUCCAGCUGCCCGGUGACGCCCGCGUGCGCAUUUCCCUCGACACGGAGCUCACCAUGACACGUGAGGACAACCUAGACGGCAAGAAGCGUGCAGGCAGCAAUUGGCGGCGCAUGGACAUUGGCGUCGACUGGCCCUUCAAGCAGCUCCCAGCAGAGGACAAGGAGAUGUUCCCCUACGCCGUGCUCGAAGUCAAGCUGCAGACCCAGGCUGGAGGGGAACCACCUCAGUGGAUUCGCGAUCUCACAUCCUCGCAUUUGGUCGAAGCCGUACCCAAGUUCUCCAAGUACAUCCACGGCACCGCCACCCUGAACCCCAGCAGGAUCAACCUGAUCCCGUACUGGUACCCGCAGAUGGACGUCGACAUCCGCAAGCCCGUUAGCCACAAGUUCGGCAUCGAGCGUCCGGGUGCGAGCAACGACAUCAGCACGAGUGGCAACCUCGACGACGACGACAGCGAGGACGACGACGCCGUGAUGGGUCUCCCAUACGCGGACGGCAACCACGACGACGACCAGCUUAGAAGGCUCCGCGAAGCUCGCGACGUCAUGGAGGAGAACGAGAUUGCCCGCACCCGCGCCUACGGCACCAUCACCAACGCGAACGACCCCAACACGCUCGACAUCGAAGAGCGCGUAGCUGCUGGCCGUAACCGCAGCGACGACUACCCCAUCUACGACUCAGACAGCGAAGACGAAGACGACGACUUUGAGGAAGCGAAACGAGCGGGCGGUCUCCGUUACGCACGCAAAUGGGUCGAGCGCAAGACUGUGAGCGUAGGCUCCGCGCUGAUGAACGGCUUCGUCGCCAUCGUCCCCAAACCCACGCCCACGGACGUCGGCGAGGGCGGCUUCUCCAGCAAGCCAGUCGGCGAGAUCAAGCGCUUCAAGGCCCCCAAGGGAAAACGUAUCCACGUCCCCGUCCGCGUCGAGCCAAAAGUCCAGCUCGCAACCGAGCGCACCUUCCUCUCGUGGCUGGAAUUCUCCAUCCUCAUCGGCUCCAUUGCCGCCACGCUGCUCAACUUCGGCGACGGCAUUGCGUUUGCGGCUGCCUGGGCGUUCACUAUCAUCGCCUGCUUGGCGUUGAUUUACAGCGCGGGUCUGUAUUUGUGGCGCGUGCGCAUGAUUAAGAGUCGUCGCGCUGUCGUGUAUCAUGAUAAGUGGGGGCCGACGCUGCUUUGCGUGGGCUUGUUUUGCGCGGUGGCGUUGAGCUUUGGGUUCCGGUUUGGGAAGGGCGGGUAUGAGGGUGGGUUGAAGGGGUAA